AUGGCCAUGGUUCAGCCAAGGGACGUGUUCUGGAUUGCAUCAUGCACGAAACACAUCACGGCUAUCUGCUGCAUGCAACCUGUUGAGCGCGGACAUAUUUCUCUUGAUGAUGCGGAAGGGGUAAAUCGGCUUUGUCCAGAAUUGAAGGAUGUGCGUAUCUUAAGUGUUGGGGAGCUUUUGGAGAAGAAGAGUGGGAUUACGUUGAGGAUACUUCUUACUCAUACUGUUGCAGGAGUGUGUGAAGGGAAGGAUGCUGAUAGUGAUAGCGCAGCUGGCUUCGGAUACUUGUUUUCGAAUCACGCCUUACGGGACUACGGUCGACAAGCAGGUCAUGAUGAGGUCUCGGGCUGUUUUAUGGACUUCAUGCAACCGUUGAUCAACAUGGACUGGGCUGGUAUCGUUCUCGAAUGGCUGGCAGGCCAGAGACUGGACGACUAA